AUGCCAAUUGAUGAUGAUAGCGGACCUCGGCGGAAGGCCCAGAAACUUGCCUCGACUGGAGGUCUCCAGCGUGAUAUAAUGGUAGACGAGGAAUGCGAGAGUGACGGGCAUUCCUCAGAGAGCAGCAGUAGCAGCAGCAGCAACAGCACUGACCACGACCAGGCCGAUGCGAUGGACGAGAGGGCUCGAAGGUUGGAGCGUCGUCGGGCAGGGAUCCCAGCGAGUUCAGCCGAGGUGAAGGCUGAGCAGCAAGAUGCUCAUCGCUACCCCAAGAGAGAGCGUGUCGAAAUUGACAGGACAGAAGUGAACCGAUGCGGCAUCGGCGAUGCCUAG